AAUCCCAGCGGCGCUGUCACUGUUAUGGUCCUGUCAGGGCGCCGGCGUCGUGGUGCUUGGGUGGUCGCCACCGAGAGGUCUUUGGUGGGGCAGUCUCAGGACAGCUCAGCGGCUAACUGUGCCCGUCUGCGGCCUCGCUCCCAGCUUGCACAUCCGGGCUCGCAGGCCGCACUGUAGGGCGAGCGUGCGGGUCGGCGCCGCGGCCGCCUUGCGAUCUGAGCUCAGCCGCAGCUUCCUCUACCGCGGCCGGCUCGGAGGGACCUUGAGAUGCAGCCUCCGGGCCCGCCCCCGGCCUACGCCCCCACUAACGGGGACUUCACCUUUGUCUCCUCAGCUGAUGCGGAAGAUCUCAGUGGUUCAAUAGCAUCCCCAGAUGUCAAAUUAAAUCUUGGCGGAGAUUUUAUCAAAGAAUCUACAGCUACUACAUUUCUGAGACAAAGAGGGUAUGGCUGGCUUCUGGAAGUUGAAGAUGAUGAUCCUGAAGAUAACAAGCCACUCUUGGAAGAAUUGGACAUCGAUCUAAAGGAUAUUUACUACAAAAUCCGAUGUGUUUUGAUGCCAAUGCCAUCACUUGGUUUUAAUAGACAAGUGGUGAGAGACAAUCCUGACUUUUGGGGUCCUCUGGCUGUUGUUCUUUUCUUUUCCAUGAUAUCAUUAUACGGACAGUUUAGGGUGGUCUCAUGGAUUAUAACCAUUUGGAUAUUUGGUUCACUAACAAUUUUCUUACUGGCCAGAGUUCUUGGUGGAGAAGUUGCAUAUGGCCAAGUCCUUGGAGUUAUAGGAUAUUCAUUACUUCCUCUCAUUGUAAUAGCACCUAUACUUUUGGUGGUUGGAUCAUUUGAAGUGGUAUCUACACUUAUAAAACUGUUUGGUGUGUUUUGGGCUGCCUACAGUGCUGCUUCAUUGUUAGUGGGUGAAGAAUUCAAGACCAAAAAGCCUCUUCUGAUUUAUCCAAUCUUUUUAUUAUACAUUUAUUUUUUGUCUUUAUAUACUGGUGUGUGAUCCAAGUUAUACACGAAUAGAAAAAGAUGGUGUUACAUUUGUGUGUAGGCUGGGAAUUCUUGCUGAAGGAAUUGGUGAAAACCUGUUGCUGGUAAAAUUUUAAAUGUUCCAAAUGGAAAGGGAAGUUUAAGUGCUUUUUACAACAAUUUUUUUUUUGUAUUUAAUUAAGCCAUUGCAGUUAUCUGGGAUUUUUGGGUCAGAAUUUUAAAUUCUGUUUGAUUCUCCAUAUUCAAAUGAAUAAAAUACAAAAGCAUUGUGUUUUUAAGAUUGUGUCAAUAUUCACCUAAAAGCUUAUGCCAAAAGCACCUGGAUUGGUAAUUUUAUUUCAUUUGAAGGGUAAAUUUGACAAUGUCCUGAGAAUCUAAAGUGCAAUUUUUUUUCUUUAAAAUGUUUUCUCCAGCAUCACAGAUCCUGCAGAUAUAUAUUUAUAUUUAUACAUAUAUAUUUAUGAAAUAAUUAUUCACAAAAUGUAUUUCUGAAUAGAUUAAACAUUAGGAUAUUAAAUCUGAUGCUUAAACUUUUUUUCAUUUGGCCAUUAAUCUUUUUUGUUUAAAAAUUUAAAUUUGUUUUUAAAAUUGUAUAUAAUUUUUAAAAUCUCACACAUGCUUCAAUACUUCCUUGUUAAGAAUUCUUAAUAACUACUAGAACUGAUUUUAAUAGUUGCUGAUAUUAUUUGGUUUGUUUGGGUGUACUUUUUAAAACCAUUUUUGAAUGUCCAAACAUCUGAUUUAAAGUUUCUGUUUAUCUUUCUGUUCAGAGGAGCAAAAGGUAUAAUGAAUAUGGCAUUCAUUAAAAUCAUUAUUCUGUACAAAAACAGUAAUAUUUGCAGCAUCAGUAAAUAUUUUUAAGUGGUGCUUCUAAGUCAUAAAAGUUGCAGAAAGAGACCUUUAAAAUCCUGUGGUCUUGAACAAUGUUAUAUGGUGUAGAAAAAAAAUAAAAUACUUCCACUUGUGUGUUUUUUUUAUAGCACCAUGCCCUGUAUUACUUGAUAUUUUAACAAGUAUCAGGCACUCUCUUAACAAAUGUACAGUUUUUGCAAAGGGAAAUAGUAAGAAGUAAUUUUAUCAGUGAAAUUUUGGUUGCAAAUAAUUUCAUAAGUUUUUAGAUGUGCCUUUAGUUAAUAUUACUUUAUAAAGUCUUUUAAACAUUUUAUUUAUGUCCAUAAAAUAGCAAAUGUCUGUUAACUAUUGGCAAAUUAUUGUAUUAUCCUUUCUGGUCUCAUCUGGAAGAGUUUGCUGCUGUCCUCAGUGUGAUAACAUGGCGACCUCUUGGUAUGUAUUUCUUUAGCAAACUUACCCAUCAGGCAAUAUCCAGCACCUCUGAAGCAAGCCUACAAAUGAACAUGUUAUCAAGACCACCCCUCUUCCUUUCCCCGAUCCCAAAAGGAAAGAAAGAAAGAAAAACUUAUUUUAAGCUGCAGAAAAAGUGUAGAGCACCGUUGAGCUAGAAAAAUGUAGAUUACACGUACUGAUUUUUUUUUCAAAACAGAUGAGAAUCACCAAAGGGAUAGGACUUCUAGAAGUUAGAAUAACAUGAAGCAAUCAGGAAAGAUCUAUGCCUACAGAAGCAACAAAUGUAAGAUAAACAUUUGUUAUACUUCAGAAAUUGCUGAGGUUAGUACUUUGUUAUAAUGGAGAAUUAUAUUUGACGUUCAUAGUGUUGACCCUGGAAUCUUUCACAAAAAGCUUGGGGGUCAGGACCAGGAGGUAGAAUUUUACAAGCCAUUAAAUGAAGGUAUUUUAGGAUCACCUCUAUUAAAAAAUGGUUUUUUAAAACUGUUAUUGCUUUAAGGUAUGAAUUUUAAAAAUCACUUAUAUGGAUGUUUACUCCUAAUGAUAUAAGAUAAAAUUUUUGUUCUAAAAAGGUAUUUUAAAAUAGCAUUUAAUCUUGGGAACUAUCUUAUUUUAGGGUAUCUAUAAA